AUGACAGACCUAGGAAAAUUGGAGAAAGGGUCAAAUUUCCCCCUCAAAAAGCAAGCAUUUUUUGCAUUUGUAUGAAGCACUUUGGAAGUACACGAUGCAGAUCAAACCCAACAUAAGGCACUGAUUCUUCAUUUUUGCACACUGUCACAGAGUGAUGUUAAAUCGGAAUUACUUUUAAAUUAAUAAUACCGUAUAAUUUUGGCCCUAAUUGUUGAAAAGAUGAACAUGGUAUUUAGCAGUGAAACAAGAUUUUAUUUUCCUGAGCCGCCACACCCAAACAUUCCUGAAGUCAGUCAACCUUACCAGAAUGAUGGGCUGAGUGCCAGUUGAGUUGUCAUCGGUAGAUGUAGCCACUUAUGCAUUAAUUUGAAUAAUGAAUAUUUAUGAAGGGUAUAGUACACAAAACAUUUUGAGUUCUUUGGAAUAAGGCGUGGCAGUGCAGGAAUUUUUCCUUCGGGUUUAAAAGAAAAGAUAUGGGUGAUGUGAUCAGUUCAUUGCUGGAUUCCGAGGAGAGGGCAGCGGCCAGCCUCGAUGACUUGUAGUCGUGAGUUGAGUUAGUCUUGAGAUGAGUGACUUCUAAUUAUGCAAGUAGAAUAAACUACAUGUACAUUUAGACUGUUCUGAGAAACGGAAAGCCAGGAAACGCCCAGUUCCUGGUUUUACGUUGAGAGGAAGAGGGAGUCGGUUGACCGGUGUUGACAAAAGGGUUGGACCGCGGCGGCGGGACGCAGAAACUUGCCGAGUCAGCCACAGGCCACAGAAGCCGACUACAACACGAGCGAGCCCACACAAUAAAUGCUGUGACUUCAUGAGCGCCUGAGCGCACGUCACAGCAACAGUAAAAGAGGUGACACGCAAAAACAUGGAGAGCUUGGCCAGAAAGCGUACCAUUUUGAUCGUCAUUUUCAUAAUCAUCGCCUUGUUGGCUGCAGUCGGCCUAGCAGUGGGUCUUACACUGGGUCUACGUCAUGACACAGCUCCAAUGGAUGGAACAGCGCCUGUACCGACGGACAGCCCAGGGAUCUACCGACGAGGAGCGGUGGCUACAGAUUACGGUCCAUGUUCAGAAAUGGCAAGGAAUAUUCUCAUUGCUGGCGGCUCAGCCGUGGAUGCCUCAAUAACAGCUAGCCUCUGUCUGGGCGUGGCCAGUCCUCAGAGCUCGGGGCUCGGUGGGGGUCUGUUCAUGGUCAUCUACAGUAAGAACGGCUCUGCAGAGACCAUCACUGCUAACGAAGCUGCACCGGCAGCGUCGCACUUCGACAUGUUCGUCAAUAACACGGAUGAAGCCAAUUACGGAGCUAGAGCCGUGUCUGUACCAAGUGAGCUGGCCGGAUUGUGGACGGCGCAUCAGAAGUACGGCGUGCUGCCGUGGAGAGACCUCGUUAGACCGGUCAUUGACAUGGCCCAAGACGGCUUCCCGCUCGCAUGGCACACCGAGUACUGCCUGAAAACUCUCGAGGAGAGUUUCGACCGUUGGCCGAUUCUAAGGGAACUGUACACAAAGCCUAACGGAUCUUUGAUGAAGACGGGUGAUAUCUUCACGCCUCCAGCUAGUCUGGUGCAGACGCUGCGUGCCAUCGCUGAAGAAGGGAUGUCGGCCCUUCACGGUGGAGAAGUGGGUCGGAAACUUGUCCAGGACAUCCAAGAUCAAGGUGGGGUAAUGACAAUGGACGAUUUGCUCAAUUACCGCCUUUCCUCACAACCACCUGUGGUAUUAAACAUCAGCGAGGGUCAGCGCCGUGUGAUGUCCACGCCCGUCACAUCUAGUGGCAACCUUCUGCAAUUUACCAUUAGCGUUAUGGACGAGUGUAACUUGGCCACCGUGAACUUCAGCUCAUACGAGGGCAAACUCAAGUUGUAUCACUAUUUCAUUGAGGCUAGUACCUUUGCCAUCGGUCUGCGACUUCACAUUGGAGAUUUCGGCAAAGCUGAAAAUGACAAGGCUGUAGCCGCCUUGUCGUCUAAGGAGUACGCCCAGACUAUCUGUUCCAUGAUCAACGACACUUACGUCACUUACCAAUCUGACCGGGAUUACGACACGUUCAACGAUCUGCCGGAGACCGCUUCACCGGCCGACAGAGUCAGAAGAGCCGCCUCGGGGCAAAACCAAGCCGCUGACGUGGAGGCUUGGGAUGGUAUGUUCGGUGAGGACGUCAUGGACGGUGAUACCAGCCACCUUAGCGUGUAUUCUGAGCAAGGAGACGCCGUGUCUCUGACUACUUCUGUAGGACGAUACUUCGGUAGCAGAACCUUUUCUAACCAGACCGGACUCUUCCUCAACGGCCACAUGGGCAACUUCUAUUACAACGGCCGGUCACCAUCAUGGGAGGCCAAUAGGCUGUCCCCAGGCGCCCAUGCAAUGUCCACCAUUUGCCCUGCCAUCGUGACUGACCAAAAGGGAGUCCUCGGAAUCCUUGGAUCAUCAGGAGGUAUGAGGAUCAUCUCCACUAAUGCAUGGGUGAUUCUUCGUUCACUGUGGGGUAGCGAGUCUCUUUCCGAGAUAAUCGAUUCUCCCAGGGUGUAUGCCUACCGAAGUUCCUCGCUCAACAAGACUUACUACGAAAAGAACUUCCCAGAGGAUCUAGUUGAAGGACUGAAAGCCAUGGGCCACAACAUGGAGUUAACCUCAUCCUUCUCGGCGGCCCAGGGAAUUCUCGUCGGGCCAGGGCCAGUUAUUCAAGCUCACUCGGACAGACGUAAACGGGGCUACGCUGCCGGCUACUAGCCGAUUCCCCUCUUGAAAAAGUCACGAGCGGUAUACUGAUUUCUGUCCAACUUUAAUUGAUAGGCAUGUCACAGGUGUAUUGUUUCUAUACGUUUGGUAUUCAUUUGUCGUGUUUAAAUUCCAAUCCAAAUGUUUAUUAAUAUUCAUGCACGCGUUACGUUACCAAUUUUAUUAAAUCGGAUAAACAAAACAUAUUUAGAUUUGCUUUAUUUUCUUAACUUCAUAUCUUUUGUGAUUGAUACAUAUAAAAAUAUGUAGGCAAAUUGAAAUGUAAAUGGAAUUCAUGGAUCUCUUGGGUGAAAACUACACAUACCAGUUUAACAACAAUAGUAAUUUGGUAAGGAGCGAGUCGGUCAGGGGCAAAAUGGCACGGCGAUGAGUUGACCUGACAUUAUUACACCAAGAAUCAGACUUGGGAAGAAUUUUUAAGGCAUGGAAUGCUUUUGUCACCCAUUUUCAAAGUGUUUGGGCAUUCUAAUAAACGAAUGGUCUAUUAGAAAACAAUUCCACGCAUUGAAAAAAAUACAUUGUAAUUUGUAGUCCAUGAAGGGGAGGGUGGAACAUAUUAUCCCAACUCGAGUGUUGAAAAAAGUACCCAAAUUUUGUACUGUGUUACAAAGGCAGAUUUGUUAAUUAUCUUUGUGAAUAGUCUCUCUCUCUCUCUCUCUCUCUCUCUCUCUCUCUCU